CGGGCAGACAGGUGGUCAGCACUGUGAUCGAGUUCGACGACUGCCGGCUAGUUUGCUCUGUUUAAGGCUCACAUGUCGCGGCACUAGCAGCAAUUGACACGCUGUCGAGAAAUAACACCAGAAGGAGAAGGAAACAACACUGUAAGCAGGCGACUACGACAGAAGGAGGAAAUGUCAGAUAGGGCAAUGUUGUUCUCUGUCGUGGUAGCUUCCGGUGCGGCGAUAGCCGUUUAUCUAUAUUUCUUUCUGCGAAACCGUAAGGUCAACAAAAAACUACUGCAAGAUCCCGAUGUAAAAUAUCCGGUGCCAUUAAUGGACAAAAAGGAGCUGAGCCAUGACACGCGCCGGUUUCGAUUUGGCUUACCUACUGAGCAAUACAGACUUGGCUUACCAGUGGGACAGCAUAUAAAUCUCAUUACCAAGACGAAUAAUGAGCUCGUCAUUCGCGCCUAUACACCAGUAUCAUCUGACGACGAAACAGGCUACUUCGAUCUCGUGGUUAAAGUGUACUUCAAAAAUACACAUCCCAAAUUUCCUGAUGGCGGUAAAAUGACUCAGUAUUUGGAAAACAUGAAGAUUGGUGAUUGUAUUGAUGUUCGGGGGCCUAACGGUUUAUUGGUUUACUCGGGUCCAGGAACAUUCACUAUCAGAGCGAACAAAAAAACGCCUCCAGAGAUACGAACGGCCAACAAGGUGGGUAUGAUUGCUGGAGGUUCGGGUCUGACACCGAUGUAUCAGUUGAUCAAGCACGCACUCAAGAAUCCCAGUGACAAAACGCAGUUCAAACUUAUCUACGCUAAUCAAACGCCGGACGAUAUCUUAUGCCGAGAAGACCUCGAGCUUUGGGCACGCCAGUAUCCCGAUAGGGUCUCAGUAUAUUACACUGUAGAUCGGCCAACUGAAGGUUGGAAAGGCGGUAUUGGAUUUGUCAAUGCCGACAUGAUGAAAACCAAUUUGCCACCACCUAGCGAUGAUACUAUUAUUUUGAUGUGCGGCCCACCGCCUAUGAUUAAAUUUGCCUGUAUUCCGAAUCUAGAUGCACUUGGCUACACUGAGAAGAUGAAGUUCAGUUAUUAGUUGAAACAUAGAGAAGAUUCUGCCGGUACAUCCACAAGUUACCCGAAGAUAAAUUCGUUAGUAAUUUUGCCUUAUAAGUUUGGCGUACACACCUCACAGUUUCAAGACGAUGAUCAAUUAGUCCAGAAGCGAUCCGUUACGUGCACUGUUAGGCAGACGGCGGCACGAACAUCCAAAUCUGUAACGACAUAUCUGUGCUGUGUUUCAAUCUACUUAAUUUCACGGGACAGUGUCUUUUUUAUAUUCUUUUUAUUGCAUAACCAGUUUAGCUGAGAACAAUCAAAGCUGAACUUCUAGUCAGUUUUUUUUUUUGUUUAACACGCCAAGCACUCAUGUAGUUUUCAGGACGGUUCACAGUUAACAAGUUCAUAACUAUACCUUUGAGGCAAAGAAGCACGUCGCUUUACGCCGGUAGAGGUGGCAAGCAGGGUCGACGACAGCUAAUAACAAAGGUCAUUGUUCUAUUAGUAAUUUGCCAGAAAGAUGAACAAGCGUUCGCUCUGGCCCCCUGCGUUUUGUGUUGGUUGCCUCCAGGGAAUGGGGUGGUCAUCAGAAGGCCAUUUCGUGAAACACGAAUAUGCAGUUGCAGAAUAUGGGUGUAGUAUAAACAUGUCUACGAUGCAUUGAGUAAUCUGCGGGUUUCGUACGAAUUGUUUGUAAGUGGGUAAAUAAUACGUCUAUGUUAUGAAAUUUAUUUAUCUCCUAUUAGAAGAUAGGGGUUUAGUAGUAGUCUCAGUACCGGUAGUCGCCAGCGAGUAAAUACGUGUACUUUCGGACUGCACCGGUCAUAAUUAUUGCCGUUUGUAUUUUUCCAGGUAGACAAUGUAUCUAUUUUUAAUCGAGCCGUUAUUACUGACUUUUGUAGUUUUAUGUCAAAAUCGCUGGCACUCCUGCGACCAAUUCUACACGACGAACAAAUUCAAAGUAAUCAUGUUCUGAUUGAAAUAAUAUUUCUACAUCAUGCGUAUAUUUAACUGACCAUGAUAUUUUAUAGAAAAAAGAAAAAAAAACCGAGUGCAACGGACAGCAGUCGACGUUUUGACAGCGAGUCCCGGAAUAAAGUAUAGUAACAUUCGCAUACAAUCAUACCUUAACUGGAUUUCAAUCUGUAUUUGAAGAUAAAUCGAAAUUGUUCGUAUCGACAGGUUAAAAGUGACUGAGUAACUGUCUCGCAGAGGGAAUAUUGCGAGUGGGGUAGUGCAAUUGCAGAGAGAAUGGUUAUUUCCCUAUCGAAAAGCUUAAACACCCAUAUAAUUAUACAUAACCGAUACUGCUGUCUCCGUACCUGUACUGUUUAAUCUACUGCCCAUAUUGGGUAGCCAAAUGGCAGCGGUAAUCACACAAAAUAUUGAUCGUAUACCGUCGAUAAAGGAGAACCGAUAGCUGAAAGGGUUCGGCAGAUAUUAUAUUGAACAUAAAUGCAUGAUUUGCCCCUAUCGAUUAACUUUUAUUAGCUGCAAUAAAAUAAUUGAUUAAUAAUCAAUGAUUUUUUCUAAUAUUCAAAUGUUUUAUUUUGCGCUACCGCCGUUGAAGUGUCUGAUAUUUUCAAUUGUUUAAUAUAUCUAUCAAUAAGGCUUGAGUGUUUUUUGUUGGGUUAAAAUUUCGCCAGCGCUAGUUGCUUGCAUUAUGUCUCGAUGGGACACUUGAUAAUCCUAAGUAUUUAAACGAUUUCAAUGGCUUCAGCUAAUUGUAAAACAUGCUAUCUUAUGGCACAAAAUAAAUUCUAACAGUGACCCAAGUCUUUACAGAAUAAUUUACUUUUA